AUGGCACCUCCGUCUAUGCUCCUGGCAGUGGCCGCCGCCGCGAUCCCUCAGCUGACUUCCGCCGUCUCUGUGGACUUGCCAAUCACUUACUACAACAGCUAUUCCAGCGUCGACGUCGAGAUCGGAAAGCCCUCCAAGACGUACCGUCUUCACCCCGACACUGGCAGCUCCACCACAUGGGUUGUCGACAAGGGCUGCGCUGAAUGGUGCCACAACAACACACCGUAUCAACGUGUUGGAUACAAUGUGACGGCGUCCUGCACAGGCUACCCCCUAAACAGGACCGCCGACAUCGGCUACUUGGGCGGCUACGUUGCCGGUGAUGUCGUGAAUGACAAGUUUAUGGUCAACAACCACACCUGGCGCCAGCCCUUCCUCAGCAUCUACUAUUCCGACUGGAACAACAUGCCUACCGACGGCUUCAUGGGCCUUGCUUUUGACAGUAUUAUUGUGGGAGACGCCAACAACGUGCUGACCAUGCUGAUGCCCGACCUCGAUGAGCCCCGAUUUGGCAUUUACCUUGGCGAUAAUGACGCCGCCGAUAAGCCUGGCCUGCUGACGAUCGGCUCCUCCAAGGAGUCUGAGUACUCGAAGGCGGAGCUCACGAAGAUUCCGAUCGUCAAGGGCCCGGAUGGACGCUACGAUGUCUGGCGGUCCACUAUCAAGGGCGUCUCGUUCAAGGGCCUCGACUCGGUCAAUGGUGGCGUCAGCACGACGGACCUUGGCCUCACCAACGUCGUCUUCGACACGGGCGCUGGUAAGUCCUCGCUGCCCACCGACAAGGUCCUCGCCGUGUAUGAGACCAUGGGCCUCAACUACACGGAUCUCCUCGACGGCAAGCGUGUGCUCAAGUGCUCCGAGUUCAACUCGUCGUGGUCCAUCUCAUUCGAGUUCAGCCCACCCGGCGUCUCGGAGCCCAUUGUGCUAACGGCCUCGGGCGAGGACCUCCGCAAGCCCGGCUUCCCGGCGGCGCCUGACGCAUGCUGGCCGCCUUUCGAGGACAGCGGCGCCGAGGGCUUCACGCUCAUCGGCACGCCGUUCCUGAGGAACUUCUACACAGUUUGGGACUUUGGCGCCAAGGAUGAGACGGACUUUGAGCCGACUUUGGGAUUCGCCCACCUACUUGAAGAGAAUUCAGUCAAGUUCGAGGUCACAAACACAUCAGCAAACAGACGCGGUGCAGAGCUCAUCGCCAUGGACACGACGAGUGACUUUAGCCCGUACCGCGCGGACGGCAAGCUUUACGGCUUUGUCUGCGUCGUGACGGGUGCUUCACAGCCGGUGGGACAGGCCAUCAUCGAGGAGUUGGCGACUCACGGAGCCGCCUCAAUUUACGCCUGUGACCAUUCGGCCAGCGACGAGAGCUACGCACCCUUGCUCAGCAAGCUGACGCAGCACGCGCCCAACACCAAGAUCAUCCCGUACCCGUUCCACAUUGCCAAGGAAGAGGACACGCUGACGCUCAUCGACGAAAUCCUCGCGGCGUUCGGCCGGCUCGACGUGUGGGUGUCGUCCUCGGGCCUGCUAGGCCCGGCCGCCAUCCCGGAGACGACGCCGCAGGACCUGCAGCGGUGCUUCGAGGCACACUCCAUGGCACCCUUUUACGCACUCAAGUACGCGCCGCCGGCCAUGGGCAAGCUGACGGAGAAGCAGGCGUACCCGAACGCGGCACCCAAGACGCAUUCGUACGGCAGCGUCAUCGUCGUGGGCAGCGUCGCGGGGACGUAUGGCGGGUGCUGGGGCCCGGCGUACACCAUGGCGUCGCACGCGGCGCUGGGCGUCGUGAGGGCCGGCGUCGCUGUGCUCAAGGGCACGGGCGUCAGGGUGAACUGCAUUUCGCCGGGUCAAAUUGACGUCGGGGUCAACCUGCACGGGACCGACGUCAAGGGGAUGAAUGCGCAGUUCCCUCCGGCGAGCUUGCAGACCAAGGAAGCGUCGGAGGCGACCGUCGGCUUGGAGCGGGCGGGGAACCCCGAGGAGGUCGCGAGAGUCGCGGGCUUCCUGGCCUCGGGCUUCUCGUCGUACGUUAAUGGUGCCAACCUCAUCGUUGACGGCGGUGCAUCUGUCAUGAACCCUCUGACGAUUCCCAUUUGA